AUGGCCACAAAGUUUACAAAGGAGAGCUUUCUACAAUUAUGGAAGGACGAAUUACUUCCUAGUAUUCACAAGAAGAUUCAAGAAGAGUUAAAACCGAUCUUAAAAGACAUUAACGACGUUAAAGGUAAAUGCGACGAAAUUGAAAAGUCUCAAAAAUUCUUGGCAGAUCAGUAUGAUAGUAUUAUGAUAUUACUUCAAACGACCAAGAAACAAAUCUCUGGUCUUAAACAAAGCACCAACCAAAAUAAAGCGAAGAUCGAUCAGCUGGAGAAGUUAUCGAACGAUCAAAAUGCUAUUAUAGAUGAACUACAGCAAUACAUUCGACGGGAUUGCAUCGAAGUAACAGGGGUACCAUUAACACCCGAUGUGAAUGCAAAACAAAUAAUUGUUGAAAUUGGACAGCUGAUGGGGAUGGAGUUAACCGAGCAUCAUGUAUCUACUACACAUCCACUGCCAGCAACAAAGAAUAUAAAAAACAGACUGAUAGUUAAGUUUGUUCAUAGAGAUGUAAAAGAUGAAUUCUAUAAGAAGAGGAAAAUGAUAGCGGCCAAAACGACGAAGGACUUGCCGUCUGCAUGCUGCUCGGAAUGGCUCUAUUUAUCAGAAGAUUCAUAUUAA